AUGGAACCGAAUGGCUUAGAUCUUUUACUCUCUAUUAAUCCUAUUGAUGUUGUUGGAAGCUCGGUGGUGGCAAACUCGGUACCACAAAUCUUGGUAGAGGAAAGUUAUGCAGUGGAAAGCUCGAAGGAUGGGAGCUUAAAAAUGAAAAGCUCUGUAGUAGGAAGCUUUGAUUGGGAAUAUCAUUCGGAGGAAAAUAUGAUAGAACUUGAUGAAGGAGAUGAAAAUGUGAACCAAUGUAUCUAUGACAUGGAAAAGGAGAAGGAUGAUGACAUAUUUUAUGAUGAUAACCCUAAAUUGGGUAAGACCUUUGGUACCGAGGAAGAAGCAUACUCUUUUUACAAUGCAUAUGCAUUGAACGUUGGAUUUAGCAUAAGAAAAGGAUGGGUUAAGAGAAACAAAGAUGGUGUGAUACAUUGUAGAAGAUUUUGUUGUUCUAAAAAAGGGAAACGUACUCAAGAUAAGAGGUAUGAAAAUUUGAAAAUUCAUCGAGCAGAGACAAGAACAGGUUGUUUGGCACAUAUGAUAAUUUCACGAGAAGAUAGCGGAAUGUUUAUAGUAUCAAGUUUUGAAGGGCAACAUAAUCAUGAACUUGCACGUAAAGAGUUUGCACAUAUGUUACGAUCACACCGGAAAAUUAGUGAAGCUCAAGCAACACAAUUAGAAUUGGCUUACAAGGCAGGACUUACACCAACAGAAAUAUAUGAGUUGCAAAACAAGAUGGUUGGAGGUCGGUCGAAUGUGGGUUUUAUGAAAAAAGACAUUGAAAACCAUUUGGGGAAAAAAUUGGAGAAACAAGUAGAGAAGGGUCUCCAUAAAGUGAUAAUGCAAUAUUUCAAUAUGAUGAGGGUUAAAGAUCCACUUUUUGUGUAUGACAUGCAAUUGGAUGAUGAAGGAAUGAUUACAAAUAUUUUUUGGGCUGAUGGGAAAGGAAGAUCCGAUUAUGAAGUUUUUGGUGAUGUGGUUACCUUUGAUACCACUUACCGAACAAAUAACUAUGAAAGACCUUUUGCUCCAUUAUUGGGGAUUAAUAAUCAUGGACAAACAAUAGUCUUUGGUGCAUCACUUCUAUAUCAAGAGAACGUGGAAUCAUUUGUUUGGCUAUUUCAAACAUUUGUAAGGGUGAUGAAUGGGAAACAUCCGAGUACUAUUCUAACUGAUCAAAGUGCUGCAAUGGCGAAAGCAAUAGUGGUGGCUUUACCAACUACUCAUCAUCGUCUUUGCAUUUGGCAUAUAUAUCAAAAUGCUGCUAAACAUUUGGCACAUGUAUUUUAUGGUAUGCGCACUUUUGCUAUUGCAUUUCAGCAUGUUACAUAUGACUAUGAAGAUGAAGCAUCUUUUCUUGAAGCAUGGAAAAAUUUACUUGAAAAAUUUAACUUAAGAGAGAACCCAUGGCUUUUGAAAUUAUUUGGAGAAAGGAAAAAAUGGGCUAUGGUAUAUGGUCGGCAUAUUUUUUGUGGAAACAUGAUGAGCACCCAAAGAAGUGAGAGCUUUAAUAGUCUAUUGAGGAAUUACUUAACAUCAAAACUCGGGGUAGCAAGAUUUUUUGAACAAUUUGAGAGAGUUCUUGAAGAUAGGCGGUAUGCAGAACUUCAAGAAGAUUACAAGAUGAUGGAUCAAUCAAUAUCAUCAAAGGAGUUGUGCCCGAUCUUGAGACAAAUGGUGCAAUUGUAUACUCCUAAUAUUUUCCAAAAGUUGAAGGAAGAACACAAUAAGAUUCUUUAUGUGAUGGUUGAAUUAUUAAGUGAAAGAAAUCAUUCGAAGACCUACAAGGCUAUCCAUGUUGAUGCUCCUCAUCAUGCUAGUGUAGUGACAUUUGAUUCCUCAAAUGAGACAAUUGAGUGUAGUUGUAAAAAAUUUGACUUUUCAGGGAUUCCUUGUAUGCACAUGUUGCGUGUCUUGGAUGUAAAUCAGAAAUUUGUGCUUCCUAGUAAGUAUAUAUUGAAAAGAUGGACUAGGAAAGCACGAGAUAUUGAUACUUGUAUUUUUGUCUCUACCACGGCGGAAGAGGAUCCUAUUGUGGCAAAAAGCAAGAGAUACAUGGAUAUGUGCCAUCGUUAUCAAAAAUUAAUUUCAGAAGCAUCUAAAUGUGAAGAAGCUUAUAAAGAGGUGGUGCGUCAUUAUUUUGUGCUUGAUGCGAAGGUGAAGGAUAUUGUGAAGAUGUCUCACUCAGGAAGGGAAGAUUGUCUAUCAACAGAUGAUGUAUAUAAUCAUAAUUUAACUUGUGACUACUCUGAUGCUAGAGGAUUAGCUAUAAGGCAUAAGCCAAGUCGUGGAGGUCGUAGCACUAAAAGAAUCAAAGGUCCACUAGAGCAAUCGAAGAAGAAGAAAAGAACUCGUGAUCCAUUGGAGGGAGAAAAAUUGAGUUGA